AUGUCAAUAAGACAACUAAAUUCACCAGAUUGUAUAGACAAGCAAUUCACUAAUCUAUCACUAUCAGAAAGAAAACUAAGUUUGUCUAAACCAACUACACCCACUACAACCAAAACAUUAUCUACUUCAACUAACCCUAUGACCACAUCACCACAGGAUAUACUACCACAAAGAAGAUCUUUACUUUCUUCUAGUCUAGCAGCUGAAAAGAGACAACGAGGUGCAUUCUUUAAUAUAAAUGAAGUUAUAGAAGAUGAAAAUUUCAUUGAACAUCCAGAACCAGAACUAUUAGCCAGUUCAGUAGGAUUUGAUGGGAGAAUGAUCCCUUCAACUUCAACUAUUUCAUUACUAUCGUUAAAUCAACAACAACAGCAACAACAACAGCAACAGCAACAGCAGGCUCAACAAUCCCAUGAUAUUUAUCAAUCCCCUAAAUCAUUAAGCGGAGGUUCGUUUUUAUUAAGAAAGAAUUCUAUGGCUUCUUAUUCAAAUCUACAGAGAUUACAACAAUAUCAGAAAAUGACUUCACCAUCUCAAAUACCUGAUUAUAUUCAUUCAUCAAAUGGCAUAAAUAUUAAUAAUGCCAAUCAUGUAAACGGAAUCCCAAUCCCUGAUUCUCCAAAUUUAGAUCCUGUUUCUUUAGGUGGGUCCCCUUCAAGAUUCUGGUUAUCCUCACAAACACCACCAAUAUCAACUAAUAAUUCAUUCAAAAGUAGACCAACUGUGGCGCUACAUAAUAAUGGGAGUAGUUCUCCAGUAUUAUAUCCAGUUCAAACUCCGAUUGAAGAAUUGCCAAUGACUCCAUUAUUUUUAAAUUCUAAAACUGAUUAUUUUUCUAGAGUCGCCAGAGUAAGCGAAGGUGAAGAGGAAGACGAUGAUGAAGACGUGCAAAAGGAUUACUAA